AUGGAUGCUCCGGCAGUAACAAUGAUCGGGGACAUCCUGCUGUUUGGGAUGCUGUUGAUGAACGCUGGGGUGGUGCUCAACUUUAAGCUGAAAAAGAAGGACAUGCAAGGCUUUGGGGAGGAGUCGAGGGAGCCCAGCACAGGUGACAACAUCCGGGAGUUCUUGCUGAGCCUCAGAUAUUUUCGAAUCUUCAUCGCCCUGUGGAAUGUCUUCAUGAUGUUCUGCAUGAUUGUGCUCUUUGGCUCCUGAGCUCCAGGUACAGAACUGGAAACACACCUUCUCAGAGUGUCUCUUCCUUCAUUCCUGAUGACUUCAAGAAUGUUGCUGACCAGAAAACCAGUGACCUUCCCAGAAAGUCCAAGCUUGUGGUGGGUGGAAAAAAUGUUCGCCAAGAUGAACACAGUUUCCCAGCCACAUCACUGUUUUCUUUUCAAAGAUAUUUUCACUUUGA